GGGUUCGACGGCUGGGUCGUCGACGGCUGGGAUCUCCGGCGCCGCGUCUCUGGCCGGAUCGUCGUCGAUUUCGAUCGGGCUGUUCAACCCGGCGCACCUCCUCCCGUUCUUGCAGACCGCGAGGUGGCUCCCCUGCAGCGACCUCGCCCCCUCCUCGUCUUCGGCGCCAUCGUCCCCUCCUCCCUCGCCACCGCUGCCUUCGAUCCGUCCCUCCAGGAAGACGUUCAGCGGUGUUCCACCCGCCGGAGCUUCCGCUUCUGCUUCUGGCGCGAUUGCCCGGAACAUCGGUGCUAGUGCCACAAUGAGCAGGAGCAACUGGCUGUCCAAGUGGGUGAGCUCGUGCUCCGACGACGCCAAGACGGCCUUCGCCGCCGUGACCGUGCCGCUGCUCUACAGCUCCUCCCUUGCCGAGCCGAGGUCCAUCCCGUCCAAGUCCAUGUACCCGACCUUCGACGUCGGUGACCGGAUUCUCGCCGAGAAGGUGUCAUAUGUGUUCCGGGAACCAGAAAUCUUGGACAUUGUGAUCUUCCGUGCUCCCCCAGCUCUUCAGGAUAUGGGGUACAGCUCCGGUGAUGUGUUCAUCAAGAGGGUUGUGGCCAAGGGAGGGGACUACGUCGAAGUGCGUGAUGGCAAGUUACUGGUCAAUGGGGUACUUCAAGAUGAAGAAUUUGUGCUGGAGGCACACAACUAUGAGAUGGAACCAUUGCUUGUGCCGGAAGGGUAUGUGUUUGUGCUGGGAGACAACCGUAACAACAGCUUAGACUCCCAUAACUGGGGGCCGCUCCCGGUGAGGAACAUACUCGGCAGAUCCGUGUUCCGGUACUGGCCACCGUCGAAGAUAACGGAUACAAGAUACUACCAACCCGAUGCGGCGCUCUACGCGGUGGGGAUGUCGUGACGACACGUGCCUCCGGCGAUGCCGUGGCAACCAAUCCUCUUGUUUCAUCGAGAGUUUGUAUUUAGAACUGUGAAUGAAUUCCCGUUCCGUUCGUUUUUCGCUGCCUACUGGCAGGCGCUUGUUAAAAGACCACGAAAAGCUUGGUUAUGUGUAGAGACUAGAGAGCAGCUGCUGAGGGAGCAUUCAUUCAUUCAUUUUGCUUCAGAGCUGGACGAUUUUUGUUCUGCUUCCAGCAAGCUGGCUGGGAGAUGUAAGGUACAGUAUAUUUGAAAAAAGAAAAAAAAUGUAAGGUACAGUAUAUUAGAAAAAAAAGACGAAUGCAAAUGCAAUGGCCA